CAUUGACAAGCACGGACAGUACACGUGAGCGAGUUUCACUGACAUUGCUGUCGCCCAUUUAGCUGCGAUAAAGAGGGCUGUGGGCGGGAUUUCUUACUGCCCGGCCGGACUGCCUUUAAGAGCAUUAUGCUACAACCGCACUAAAUUCUAUGACAUCGAGCUGUAGUCUUAAAAAGAAGCGGAACGCAAAAUAUGUAAUAUGCAUAGUUUUAUAUUUCAUAACUAAAAUAUACUGCUGUCACGUCUUGGACAACUAUAAUAAUAACAAUAAUAAUAUUUAAAAAUGUAACACUGAAACAGUACUUCCAGUCCACUUUCAGUAUUUCCUACUCAAAACCAUUUGGGGGAAAAGGCGAGGAUAAAAGACGUCAGAACCUAGUGACGUGACACGAGAAGUUUAGUACUUUUUUGUUUGUUUGUUUAGCGAAGGCGGAGGUGUGUUUUGGUACAGCUGAUGGACAUUUGGGUUUGGAAAAACUGAAAGUCACCAUGCCCACUGUAAUUUUGAUGGAUGUUUCGCUGUCAAUGGCAAGGCCUGUUGCUGUAGAUGGGACAGAAGAAUACCAGCGCAAACAUCUAGCUAUACAUGGGUUGACCAUGCUUUUGGAACAUAUGGCUACCAACUAUAAACUGGAAUUCACUGCUCUAGUGGCAUUUUCAUCUCUGUGGGAGUUAAUGGUGCCUUUUACACGAGAUUACAAUACACUUCAGGAGUCAUUAAAUAACCUGGAAGAUUAUGAUAAGACCUGCUUAGAGUCCGCACUGGGUGGAGUUAACAGUAUUGUACACCAAGAAUGGGGAGCUUCAGUGCCUUGCCAGAUAGUUCUUGUAACGGAUGGCUCUCUAGGAAUAGGACGAGGAUCAUUACGACACUCGCUGCUUACACUGAAUCAACGAACUGAAAGCAACCGAUUUCCACUACCAUUUCCCUUCCCAUCUAAACUGUAUGUGAUGUGCAUGGCCAAUGCAGAGGAGUUACAGAACUCUGAUUCUUUGGAUUGCCUAGAGCAGUUGAUAGAGCUGAAUAACAAUGAAGGUCAGAUUUUCACCAUUGAUGGGCCUUUGUGUUUGAAGAAUGUACAGUCUAUGUUUGGGAAACUCAUAGAUGUUGCUUACACACCAUUCCAUGCAGUUCUCAAAUGUGGCCAUCUUGCAUCUGAUGUUCAGGUUUUCCCCAGGCCAGAACCAGUCAUUUUAGAGGAAGAUACGGACCCUGUUCCUAGGACAAUUAAUACAGAUCUGGAACUAGUUGGAUUUAUUGAGGUGGCUGAUAUUGCCAGCCCUCCUGUCCUUUCUCGACAUCUAGUACUACCCAUUGCUCUUAACAAAGAAGCGGAUGAGGUGGGAACAGGAGUAACAGAUGACACCGAGGAUGAUAAUUCUGCCAAUCAGAUUGCUGGCAAAAUGCCUAACUUUUGUGUGCUGCUUCAUGGCAGUCUUAAAGUUGAAGGAAUGGUGGCAAUUGUUCACUUAGGUCCAGACUGGUUUGGUAUGCUGUACUCCCAAGCAGAUAGUAAAAAGAAGUCCAGUCUUAUGAUGUCAUUGUUUGAACCAGGCCUCGAUUCUGUGCCUUGGGUGGGAAAGUUGUCAUAUCUCGGACCCAUUUCAGAUGCAAAAGAAAAUCCAUAUGGAGAAGAUGACAGCAAGAGCCCCUUUCCGCUUCAGCCGAAAAGCAAGAGAAGUUAUGCACAGAAUGUCACUGUGUGGAUCAAGCCAAGUGGACUGCAGACCGAUGUGCAAAAGAUUCUACGAAAUGCAAGAAAACUUCCAGAAAAAACACCAACAUUCUAUAAAGAACUUAAUCGUUUACGAAAAGCAGCCCUAGCAUUUGGAUUCUUGGAACUUUUAAAAGGUGUAGCAGACAUGCUUGACCGAGAAUGCACUCUUCUACCAGAUACUGCUCACCCAGAUGCAGCCUUUCAGCUGACUCAUGCAGCACAGCAGCUCAAAUUUGCCAGCACUGGAAAGCCUGAACAUUCAGUCUACGAUCAUAAUAUAACUCCACUGCAAACAGACUUCUCUAGCAGCAGCAGUGAAAGAUUGUGACUUCAUUCAUCACUAAAGUGGAAUUUUGAAGGAACUAAGUCACAAUAAUUGUCUAACUGGUUUAAUAUGACUACUGCAGAUGGUUUAGUAUUUAGUUCACUUUGAACUGGGUACUUAAUGCUGUUCCUUUUCCUGAGGAACGUAGUUUACCUAAGUAAUGUAAAUAUGUUAUGUAUUUGAUACAAUUAAGAGAAUGUGAAUGUUCUGAAAUUACUAAAUGCUAGCUUUAGUUUUUAAAUGAUUCUUAGUAUUAGCAGGUCUGGUUAUGUGUUUGUAUACGUUUUAUUAAAAACGCAUCUUAACUGCCUUUGACAUAUAA